AUGAUAGUAAACUUCGGUGAUUCGCAGGUUGCAGAGAUAAACACUUUCAGGUUCUUCAGUGAUGUUAUGGCAUCCACCGAUGCUGGAGGCAUUGAAGAUGUCAGCUCAAUGGACCUUGUCAAGUGGAUGACUGGAUCCUCUCAAAUUCCACCUCUAGGGUUUCCAAAGGAGUUCAUGGUAGAAUUUGUUCAUGGUUGUCUCAAGGGUUGUUGUUGUCGACCAACAACAUCAACCUGUGAUAUUACUAUAAAGCUACCUGUUCAUGUUGACAAUGAAAAAGCCAUGGAGGACAUGAUUGCUUCAGCUGUAAAAUAUUCUUAUGGAUUUGGCUUAAUCUAG